AAAAUUAUUUUCGAAUUUAUCAUGAUUUUCGAUAAGAAAUCAAACGUUUUGUUUAAUUACCGAAUGUUAGAAAUAUUGUUUCUUCGAUGAAAGCGAGAAAUCGCCUCGAGCCACAAUACUGCCGGUGUAUAUGUUACGAAUGUGUGAAGAGAUAAAGUAUUCUGAAUGGUGUGCUCGAGAAACAUUCUUAACAUCGCACGCGAGCGAUCGUGGCCACGAGUAUCCAGUUAAUUCCACGCAAGUGGUUGCUUUUGUGCUAUCAACGGCAUAACGGUAUUGUUACGAUAAAACGAAAUUAUGCGUAUAUGCAUAAGUAUCAUUUGCACGGAAUAACCCGGUUGAACUCUUUAGUAGUAUCGCAUCCUUGUAAGAUGACUGUAAUCCAAGACUGAAUAUGUUGUCGUUCUAUAGAGGCGACCGAUUACAUCGAUUUUCCGCGACGAUGCAACGGUCGAUUUUGAAUCAUAAUUACCGCAUUCAUCUCACGUAACACGUAGAACGCCUAAGCACGUCGCAACGGCAACAACAUGAAUACCACAGCUCGGAUGCAUGUACAUAGAUUUAAUCCGCGGACGAGUAACUUUGUUAGAAGUAAUUUUCGCCGAGUAAGAAUAAUCUCGGGUUCACGCGUCGCUUCGAGCUCUCGGCAGUAGGAGUUAGGGCGCUGCCUAGGCUCGAGGUUAGGGUUGUCGGGAGUCGAGAGGAGCCAUGGAAGUUUGGGGUUAACGGUAUGGUGGUACUGGCGGCGACGGUGGUAGUGGUGGUGGUGGUAGUGGUGGUGGUGGUGGUGGUGUGGUGUGGUAUGGUGGUGGUGGGAAUGGUGGUGGUGAGCGAGCAACUGCGCAGAUCCCGAAGUCUCUCAGCCGCGAGUACGUAGGCAAACUCCGAUUCAGUGAGGACUGACUGUUCCCGUUUGCAGUGCAGCUCGAAAUCUCAGGGAGAAACCGCGCUCUUUCGUCCUCUCUUUUUCCUUCUCUUUCUCUUUCUGUCUCUGUCUUCCUGUCUCUCUCUUUUCCUCUAUCUAUCUAUCUUUGUCCUCCGUCUGUCCGUCCCACUCUAGUCCAUCCACUUUGCUUCUCCCGUGUCUUUUGUUGUUAGUCUCUCUCACCGCGGCAAAGUACGUGCUUAACUUUUUUUUCCGUUCGACCGACCGUCUGUCUAUCUCUGACACGAAGCUCGUGCACGAACCACUGUUUCGAUCCUUUUCCAAGCCAGUCUACACGCCAGCUUGGUUGCCAGUUGCCGGACCGAUGUACCACUACACGGGCGAGUGGGGCUCGUGUCUCGCGCAAAUUCCGGCUGUUCCCCAUGGCUAGUCACGUGGCUGGCCAGUGAUUCGAAAUCUGGUUGGCUUCGUUUCGCCGUAGUACAGUGCGUUCCGGAUGAAAGGUGCGUGUGCCAGUUGAUCAAGGCUCGCUCAACCGUUGGUCGCUUCACUCGUCACACGGGACGGAAUCCACGGUCCCGAGAACGUGUGUGCGAAAUCGACGGUGGACCGCAGGUCGAUGUGCACAACUCUGGGGAGACGUACUGAAACUCCACGCCUGCCUGUGGCAGUUCCAGGGAAGGAGGAGUUCAUAUGGAAUGGCAUCGCGUGGACCCUCGGCGACGACGACGGUGGGAAUCGCGAUAGCGAUGGCCGUCGCGAUGUCGGUGAUGAGGCAGGCGAGCGGCCUGUGCCCGACCCAGUGCCGUUGCGACGACGAGAGCUUGCGCGCCUCGUGCGCUUACGCCGGCCUCGAGGUGGUCCCGAUCCAAUUGAACCCGGAGAUCACCCACCUGGAUCUGUCCAACAACCGCGUGGCCAAUAUCCACCUGUCGUUCAGCUUCUACGGCAACCUGGAAGCUCUCGAUCUGACGUCGAACGCGAUCCACACCCUCGGCUCCGACAACUUCGUCUUCCAAAAGAAUCUGGCCACGUUGAACGUGAGCGGGAACGCGAUAAGAAACUUGACCAAGAACUCGUUGCAGGGGUUGGCCUCGUUGAGAGAGUUGAACCUCGCCGGGAACAAUAUAUCCGACAUGGACGAGCAAGCGUUUAAAACGACGAGCGAGUUGGAGACGUUGAACCUGAGCGACAACUCCAUCACCAGUUUGCCCGACGGAUUGUUGAAGAACCUGCACAAGAUCCGCGCUCUGAUCCUCAAAGGGAACUCGUUGCUCGAGAUACCCACCGAGAACUUGGCCCUAGCCCCCAGCCUCGAGAGCGUGGAUCUGUCCGACAACCUGAUCCAAGAGCUCGACAGGGACUCGUUACCCUCGUUGCCCUCCCUGGUCUCGUUGGAUCUGGCCAACAACGUCAUCAGGAACAUCGGCGACGACGCUUUCGACCGAUUGCCCGACCUCCUUCGCCUCGAUCUGUCCGGGAACAACCUCACUUCCGUGCCCACGCCCGCCCUUGCCAGGCUCAACGUGCUCUCCAACCUGGUACUCAGCCGCAACCCGUUGGCCAUGUUGGACGCGGCCGGUUUCCGCAACCUGUACGAGCUGAGGAGCCUCGAGUUGAACGACUGCACCAUCAUCAGCGUGCACGCGCGCGCCUUCGCCGACAACGUGAACCUGGAGCGGAUCUCGUUGGACGGUAACCGGGGCCUCAAGGAGUUGCCCGCCAGGGUGUUGUACAGCGCGAGAUACCUGAAAUGGGUCUCGCUGCGCCGUUGCAGCCUGUCGACCCUGCAACCGACCCAAUUCCCCGUCGACGGCCUCUCCUCCCUCCGCGUGGGCGGCAACCCCCUCGUGUGCAACUGCUCCGUGCACUGGCUGUGGAACGUGAUCAAGGCCGAGGAGCGGCGGAACGAGUCCAGAUUGGAGCUCGACACCCACGACAUCAUCUGCACGGACGAGGAGUCCGCGGGCAAAGCCCUGAUCGCGCUGCCCGAGGCCUCGCUCAGGUGCCGGCUCAGCCCCCUCUACCUCUCCCUGUCGGCGGCCGGCUGCCUGGCCGCCACCGCGACCAUCCUCGCGCUCAUAGCGCACCUCACCCGCUCCAAGAGGAGGAAGAGGUUGGCGUACGCCGCCCCCAACCGUCCAGAGUUCCUCGUCUACGUGGGGAGGAGCAACGACGAGCUGGACAAGAGCGGCGAGUCGUACAGCAGACGGUUGUUGGCGAGGGGCAACGAGGAGGGGGGUAGCCCGUACGAGAGCCCGGGGGGGAGGAAAGUCGGGGCCCGGGACGCGAACGUUUACGAGACGCCCGGAUACGCGAGGCCGAAUAAUCGGGACGAGACGGGGCAGGCGGAGGAGGGCGUGUACGCCGUUGCAGACGUGAUCGAUCUCCGUGGCGACGAGCCGGUCGAGGAAGUGCUCUCCCUGUACCGGAUGCAGAACGCGACCUCCAACGUCCAUCGGAACCUCGACUAUGCUUACGACUACGAUUACGAUUACGAGCCACCCCUCCCGCACAAACCUCACGUGGUCUUCGUUUGAGAUUGAAAUUCCUCCAGAGCUUGCUUCCCUUAUGCAACGAGAGAAUUCAAGAGAAUUCAGAUGAACCGGUGUUGAAGAUCUGUCUAUAUUGUCCGGCGAGGAGAUUUAUUCCAACCGAUCGAUUCUUAAUUCUCUCUGUCAUUUCGAGUAAGGUUCGAAUUAUUGCUCGACAACGCGUAUUGUAAUCGUAUGAACGGAGAGCAGGAGGAGGAGGCACGUUGAGAGGGGGAGGAAUGGCGAGCUCGACUGGUGGACGUGGAGGUUGAAAAUGAAAUGUCUUCCGAGAGAUAGUCGCGCCGCCGGUGAACGGAACAGAAAUGCAUUUUCGCAACGCAAUCUGACUCGGAAUGUAAAUUGUACGGCGCAUAAACGUGGCCACCGUUGUAUUACACGGAGAGAGAGGGGAGAGGAUGGAAGGGCUACGUAUUUAUUUUCACGGAUUGCGUCGGAUUCCGUUGGUUCAGUGCAAAUGCUGCUGGGCGGGCGUUCAUUUCGCCGUUUAAACGUAGCGACAAAUCGAAUCAAAGCAGCGUCUCGUUAGUCCGUUUAAACCCUGCUAGCCUAGCGUCCCAAGAUUACUCUUCCCGCCGCACUACCCUUUCUUUGUUUCGCUCUCCCCCCUUUCACUCCAUUCUUCGACACGAACAACCGGUUACGUUUCUCUUUUCUCGUCCAUGGAACUAAUAGAAUACUUUUUUUUAUUUAUUUUACCUUUCUUAUAUACUCUUUUUUUUUUCUUUGCAUCGUGGAAGAAAUCGAUGUCCAUUCUGAUUUCUUCUUACGAAGUUACGAGUUUCUCUUCACACGUAUACGCGCGCGCACACACACACGCAUAUUGGAACGUUUUCAGGCCGAUUUCAGGCAAAAGAUUUUCGCGAAACGGUCGGCUACCUCAAGCACAAGGAUUUACAUAAGCGAGACGGGAAAAUGAAGGUGGCGUCGAAUCCGCGCCACCAUUGUCCUUCCGUCUGCGUUUCUUUACCUUUCUGUCUCUUUCUCUGUCUUUAUACCUUUAUAUAAACCAUACAUACACAUUUACAGAUACUCACACAUAUAUAUAUGUGCGAGUAAAAGCGCAUAAGUAUAAAAAUACACACCACCGAAGGGAGCAAAAGACACAAAGUUUAGAAUUCGUAAAAAAAAACUGGACGGUUCCUUUUUCUUUUCCUGCUGAAGUCGAGUGAAGAGGACCGUUUUCAGAAGAAGGGAUAAAGAGAAGGGAAAAAAGGAGGAGGAGAAGGAAGAAGAAAAAGCAGAAGAAGAAGAAGAAGAAGAUUGUAAAUUGAAGCAAUAAUAGACGCGACCUUUACCGUUAGGAAACACAUUACGAACACACACGUACAUAUACACAUACCGAGGUAUAUUUAGAGACGAGAUUUCACGUUUAUACAAACUUAAGCGUAUUAUACAUAUAUACAUAUAUAUAUAUAUACAUAAAUAAUAUAUAUAUUUAUUUAUUAAUUUAUGAUGUUAAGUUUGGAAAGAUGUUACGUUUUGAAUACGAGAUAAAAAAGAAAAAAAUAUACUUGAUGCAUCAGCAAGAACGUGCGUACGUAUCCAUUACGAAGCAUCGUGGGAUGGAUCGGACUCUCGAGUUCUCGAUGUAUUCGGUGUAUUCGCGCUUUCAUAAGUAACUGGACAUUUUCUACGAUUUAAUUAUUUUUUGAAACCAGAGAUCGAGAAUUAAGAAAUUAUUCUCUUCUUAACGAAUCGAGACAUGCACGGAGUGUGUUUCGCUCAAAGAUGUGCGAAAUAAUUCAUUUGUCAUAAUCCAGUGUCCAGCGAUUUGUGAACGAGUCCUCGCGAACACCGAGAAAAAUUGUCAAUCUCGAAUCAACUCGACCGGGCUCCAUGGUGCAUCCGCAUCCAUAACACGGCAAUGUGCGUUUUGCGCCGUCGUGGUGCCGCGUCCUCGAAACGCAACGCGUCUACAAAUUUAAUGGAAUAUCGAAUUCCGGCUGAUUAAAGCGGAUGCCUCCUCGAGACCAAGUUCGCCAAGUUAAAUAUUCAAUUCGCCAUUCGGUAAACCCUUCCCUUCUCGAAUUCUCGCUCGGCUCGAGAAAAAUCCGUGUAGGAUUUAGUUAGGGAAUAGUAAGUUUCCAGAAUCGAGGCAAUAAUAGCCUCCGAUUCGUGAAACGGGGUCAAGUUAUUAUUCCUUAAAAAAUAUUAGAUCUGAUUGGAGGGAGGGGAUAAGGGAGGAGGGAGUGGUCAGAGCGAUCUUUCUCCAUCCAAUCUUUUGAAAAUUAGCUUGAAAUAUUAAGUCAAGGGAGAUGAGGUUAAAUUGGAUCGAUUGUUCAGGAUCUGUGUUUAAUUAUCGGAUGAAAUGGUCGAGAUAUUAAGAGUAUUUAUUUUUACAAGAGUAUUAUUGUUGUUCGAAUAAUAAUAAUUUUGAAAUUUUCACGGAACGAUGCGUAUUAAAUUAUAAACGCGGAGUAAAACGUUUCAAAUAUUCUUGGAAAACUGAUUUCAAGUUUUCGACAAGUAGUAUAAAUGAUUUUUUAUCGGACCCCGGGCGUAGGACGCAUCGAUCGUCGGCGAGUUAAAUUCUCGGGCGAUAUAACUUCCGCGUAAAAUAAACUCGCAUAAAACUUGAAAAUCCCCUAACACACAAGUUCCACCGCGCUACGAAACGAAAUUCAAAAGCAAGAGAGCUGCCAACGGUAAAUAAUAACCGUAUUCCAUUGAAGUUUCGCUCAAAGCUUUAGCUUUAUACAGGGUGCACCAGGUUUUCCUUUCCCUGCAAAAUGAUGCCAGCAUACUCCAUGUGUAAAAACAAGAAGAGAUAUCGUAUAAACAUGGGCUCAUGAAUGUUUUAUUAAAAAGUUGUAGAAGAAAUGGAUCAUUUCCGUAUAAAAAAAAAAAUUUUUAUUUCAUUACGCGAGAAUAAACAGCUAUUUAGAGAUUGAUCGAUUAAUCAAUGCUGCAUAUUUUCUCUCGUUUUCCAUAAAUAUUUACCAUUUUUUCUUUUUUCGAAAUAAAGAAACGAGAGUUGAAAGAGCGCUGAAAUUCUUUUUCAUAACAAUUUUGAUAAUAAAAACGAGAAAAUUUAAUGAAUCCUGAUUACCAAAAAAGAAGUUGACAAAUUAUAAAAAAGAUCUAUAAUUUAUGAUUUAGUAGCAAUAUUAUCAAUUUCGAAUAUUAUCGAAUUAAAAAAAAAAAAAUUAAAAAAAAAAACUUGAUACACCCUGCAUACCCAUUUGCCCAACAAUUCCAAGGAUGUACAAAUGGGCGAAACGCGAUCCGGAAAAGGUUCAAAUAGAAUUUACGCCUGGGGCUAGCUCGUGGCGGUCGAAUUUGAACAACUCCCUUGAUACCAGCCCGCUUAAUUUACGCCGGGCAAUCAAAUCGUCCCGAUAGCCGGCAGCCAACACAAAGGAUCGAAACGGCCCGAGAACAACUCGAUGAAAUAUUCGUGCCACCUGUAAGAACGCGCGUUCCCAAAGCGAUGAAAUCGGUGAGAACGCGAUCGACGCCCCAUCUCGUGUACUUUUUCGACACUUUCGUGAAGUGAUCGGCCGGCGGACAACUGUGAAAAAUUAAUUUUCCCCGAAGCAACCGAUUCUUGUCCAGUGAACCGGGAGUGAAAACAUUCACCUUCGAAUGAUACGGCCCCAGUGACCUAGAAGUCGCGAAUCUCUCGUUCAACCUUCGUCCAACCGUCCAUCACUGGGAACUUUCCAAGUUUCGAUAGGGAAGUUGGCGAUCCAACGGUUGUCAUGGCCAAGCCGAAAACUUAUUCGCAACGAUAGGAUCCUUCUCUCGCAGAGAUUUGAUUACGGGACGAUUUUUCAAUUUCCAUUUCAUUUUUCACGCGGAGUGGAAUAGAGAACUCGGAAGUAUCUGAAGUUUUAUAAUUUGAACGAGGAGAUUAUAGAUGUCUGAUAAUAUUCCAAAGUUUUGACGUGUACGAGAGAAUAAAAAGUGCUUGGAGGUUAAGUUGGAAAAUUCGAGUUGAAGAGCGAAUCGAUCGGAUCAAACUUUUGCAUACGAUUUUUACGGAGAGUUGUUGGGCAGUUGUCGUUUAUCAAACAAUCUGACAAUCUCGAUACGAAUAGAAUUCCCAACAGUUUCGAAACCAAUUUGAAAAACCGUGUGACGCGUAGCUUUUAUCGUUAGCCCCAUUUCGGCCAUUCUGCAACGCCCUCCAGAUUAAUUCGAUUCGGAUCGAGCGAGUGUUCGAGGACAGGAGGGAACCAGGGUAAGGAAAAUGAGCUCGAGAAUCCAACAGAAGGGAAGUUUCGAGCGAAGGAAAUCUAGAUUAAAGAGCAAUUAGGAGAAAAAAACUCCGAACAAAAAGAAAGGGAAAUCGAAAAUAAGAAUGAAAA